CUUCAGCAGUUGACAUGGAGAAAGCAGAGUUGAUUUUCAUCCCUUGGCCAUUGAUGGGCCAUUUGGCUCAGCUGGUGGAGCUUGCCAAGCUGCUAAUCAAUCGAGACGAGAGGUUUUCCAUCACAGUCCUAAUCUCCAGGCUCCCUGCUUCCCUUGAUCCUGUCACCAGCAAACUGAUAGACUCUCUUGUUGCUUCCUCCACCACAGAAGCCCUUCAAUUCUUUCAGCUUCCUCCGACAAAUCCCACCCCUGAAUGGAGUUCCCUCAGCCGAGGGUAUUUCAUCCAGAAGCAACUGGAUAGUCAGAAACCUCAUGUCAAGAAAUUCAUCCAACAGCGCCAAACUAACGAAUCAAGCAGUUCAAAACUUGUUGGAGUAGUUGUCGACAUGUUUUCUACCAGCAUUAUUGAUGUAGCUGAUGAAUUUGGGAUUCCUAGUUAUGUUUUCUUCACAUCAGGUGCAGCAUUUCUUGGCCUCAUGCUCCAUUUUCAAAGCCUUCAAGAUGACCACAACCAGGAUGUCUCCGAGUUCUCGGAUUCAAAAUCUGCCAUGUCAUUCCCAAGUUUUGCCAAUCCUAUUCCACCAUCAGUCUUGCCUAUCGUCUUAGUGGACAAACCUCUCUGGAUGCAUAGAUUUCUACCAUGUGCUCGCGGAUACAGAAAGGCCAAGGGAAUCCUGAUCAACACAUUCACUGAACUAGAACCAUAUGCAGUCGAUUCUUUCAACCUAUCGGAAUCCUCUCCAGAAAUCUACCCAGUAGGACCAAUUCUGAACCGGGUACAAUAUGUAUCCCGUGAUGUACAAUCAGGAAUCAUGGAAUGGUUGGAUGGCCAGCCUCCAGGCUCAGUAAUUUACAUCAGCUUUGGCAGCCUGGGAAGCCUACAGAUCGACCAAGUGAAAGAACUAGCAAAUGGGCUUGAACGCAGUGGAUACAGAUUCUUAUGGUGCCUGCGUCGUCCCCCUCCUAAGAACACCAUUGUUGAUUUCCCAAGUGAGUAUGAGAAUUACAGAGAUGUCUUGCCUGACGGAUUUGUGGAUCGAACAGCAAACGUUGGAAAAGUGGUCGGUUGGGUUCCACAGUUAGCUGUACUGUCACAUGCUGCAGUGGGAGGAUUUAUAUCACACUGUGGCUGGAAUUCGACAUUGGAGAGCAUCUGGUGUGGGGUGCCCCUGGCAACUUGGCCUUUAGAGUCAGAACAACAGUUGAAUGCAUUUCAAUUGGUGGUGGAACUGGAAUUGUCUGUGGAAAUCACACUGGAUUAUUCAUCAAUGGACAAAAAUCAGGCUUUGGUUAGAGCUGAGCAGAUAGAAGCAGGAAUAAGGAUGGUGAUGGAGAGUGAUAGUGAUCUGAGGAAGAAAGUUAAAGAAAUGAGUGGUAAGAGUAGGACAAGCAUGAAACAAAGAGGUUCAUCAUAUGAAUCUCUUGGAAGCCUGAUCAGUAAGAUGUUGCAUAAUAGUUGAUUAGUUGCUAGUUGAAAUUGAGGUACGCUGUUUUAACAUGUUCUUAGUAUCAUUAGCUAUCUCAGUUGGAAAUAACAUACUGAAAUCUAUCCCAUGUAGCCUUUGCACCAUCAUCAAUGUAUCAGCAUCUUUCCUACCG